AUGGACCAAAUCUCAAAGGAGAGUAAGAUGACACCUGAGGACAACCCUCUGCAGUCCACUGAGGAAAAACCGGUGAAGUCACCUGAGGAUAAAUCGGUAUUGUCUGCUGAAGACAAAGCGGUGGAGUCGCCUCGGGACAAGCCGGACGACUCUUCUGACAACAAGCCAGAGGAUUCUUCUGACGACAAGCCGGAAGAGUCUCCUGAUGAAAAGCCAGUGGAGUCUCCGGCUGCUAUGAGACUGCGCUACUCAGACGAAGUGGAGGAAGAACUGGCAGAGAUCGAGAAGAGGGUCAAGCGUUUGCACAGGCAGUACCUAGAGGCGGUGGAGUCGCCUCAGGACAAGCCGGAGGAUUCUUCUGACGACAAGCCGAAGGAUUCUUCUGACGACAAGCCAAAGGAUUCUUCUGACGACAAGCCGAAGGAUCCUUCUGACAAGCCGGAGGAGUCUUCUGACAACAAGCCGGAGGAUUCUUCUGACGACAAGCUGAAAGAGUCUCCUGAGGACAAGCCGGAGGAGUCUCCGGCUGCUAAGAGACAGCGCUACUCAGCCGAAGUAAAGGAAGAAUUGGAAGAGAUCGAGAAGGAGAUCAAGCGUUUGCAGAGGCAGUACCUAGGAAUCUCGCGCCAGUGGCUUCUCUGCAAGAAGCUGGCCAAGAAGGCCUGCGACGGCUUCUUGGGAUCAAAGGGAGCCUAA